GAAGAGUUCUAAGCUAGUCUUUUCUUUUAUUCUUGUUGGAAAAUAUUCCUAAUAUGCUUAGGAGUACAAAAAUAUAUAUGAUAAAAGCUUAUCAUUUCAUGGUACCGUAUUAUUUAUCUUGUUAAUAGAUAUACCCGUGUGAAACAGAAAAAGGGUCUACAAUACGUUAUCUCGUACUCUCGCGCGAAGAGUUUUUUCUUUUUAAUUACUUGAAAAUAUAUUUAUAAGGCUGGACAAAAAUAAUUUAAGAAAAAUUUUAUUUUAAAUACAAAUAUUCUAAAUCUCAACUCUCUUUUGAUGUAUGAGUACUCAAGAUAUAAGAAAGCUCACCACCAACCACAGAGUUUGGAUAUAUGGCAUAAACUUAUUAGCAUAAAGCUCAUGGCUCUUGAAUGAGAUAAAGCUAUAUUUAGAUUAGUCUAGAGAUAUAUGUUAGGUAGUUUUAAUCACUUAAUAUCCAACUGUUAUCACUGAAGCAGCUACUGAUUUUCAAAGUGUAAGAAGAGCCUCUGAAACGAAACAAAAGCAUAAAAAUUGUAUAUAAAAACUGUGUUCAUUGAAGAACCAAAUCAUUUGAGUGCGAUUGUCAAAACUCAGUUAUAUCUCUUACAUGCCAGUUGUCAACAAGUACCGCACUUAUAGCCAUGGUAUCGGAUCGACGCUCUUCUUUUAUGUCCAAUAGCAAAUUUAAGGGCAAAAUGUUUGGACAUCGUUAUCUACAAUGUUUGCUGCUUUUUACAGGAUUCCUUUUGAUUUUCGCAUUGCGUGUCAAUAUUUCAAUUGCGAUCGUCGCAAUGAUGGAUAAUAAGGCAGCAAAUCCCGAUUUUCCCGAAUACGCGUGGUCCGAGCAAAUCAAAUCGUACAUUCUAAGCAGCUUGUUCUGCGGUUUCAUUUUACUGCUGAUUCCCGCUGGUGGGUGGGCGCGUCGUCUCGGUGGUCGCAUUUUUAUGCUGAUUAGCAUUAGUCUCAAUAGCGUCUUAGCGCUACUAACGCCAUUAAGUGUGAGCAUCGGUGGAUGGCCUCUACUGUGUGCACUACGUUUCACUCAGGGUCUGCUACAAGGUCUUACAUUACCAGCUGUUGCAACGAUUUUGGCCAAAUGGGCGCCCGUCGAAGAACGCAGCGCCAUGCAAACAUUUAUUUACUCCGGUGCUCAGUUGGGCAUUGUAGUGAUGUUAGCUGCAAGUGGCAAGCUUUGCUCAUCGCGUUGGGGUUGGCCGAGCACCUUCUAUUUACCUGGCGCUUUGGGCUUAAUUUGGUCUGUAUUUUGGUACAUAUUUGGAGCGAGUACGCCACGUGAUUGUAAGCGUAUCUCAGAAGAGGAGCGCAAUAUGAUCGAAAAGUCGUUAGGACAUGACAAAAAGGCAGUUAAUGAAAUUAAUGAAAAGCACCCAGUGCCAUGGAAACGUAUUUUUACAUCGAAACCAUUUCUGGUUACCUUCGUAAAUAACUGUGCUAGUGAUUGGUGUUUUUGGACUUUGCUCACACAAAUACCAUCUUAUAUAAAAAGUGUACUCGGAAAGGACAUCAACAGUAAUGCAUUGAUCUCGGCGUUACCAUAUCUCUGCAUGUUUACUUUGUCCAUAAUACUCUGUCCUGUGGGAACUUGGUUGGAGAAGUCGAAACGCUUAAACCCAACUGUAAGUCGUAAGAUAUUUAAUACAAUCGGUUUAUGGGGUCCCGCAGUAUCGCUAAUUUGUUUGGGUUAUUUGCGUCAAGAUCAAGGCGAUCUGGCAAUUGGCUUGCUAACAGCAACCAUCACCUUAAGUACUCAUGUGAAUUUCGGCUUUAUGGUAAAUCAUCUGGACUUGGCGCCGAAUCUAGCUGGCACUCUGCUCGGUAUUACUAAUUGUUUUUCGAAUAUGACGGGUAUUAUAGCACCAGUCGUUGUUGGUUACGUUGUCACUGAAACGACAAAUAUCCAUCAAUGGCGCAUAAUAUUCUUUCUUUCUGCUGGCAUUACUUUUGUCGGUAAUCUCUUCUUUCUCAUUUUCGGCACAGCUAAGGUGCAGCGGUGGAAUGAACCACCACGCGAAGUUACUCCAAUUGAGCAACUAGAGCAAUUGGUCGAUAGUUUGGGAGAACCCGAUAAAGCAGCGGAAGCACCCGAUGAAGAAGAUGACAAAAAAUCCGCUGUUGAACAGAGCGCUGUUUAGAUCGCUAUAUGUGGAUACAUAUGUAUGUACAAAAAGGAAAUAAAAAGUUCGACAGUCUGAUUAAUCCAAUAUCUGAAAUUUGGCCGUUUAAGAAAGGCAACUGUUCGGUAGGUCCUUAAUUGUGCACCAUAUAUAAUAAAUGAGAUGAUGGUUGUUGACCUUGCUAACAUAUUUAUAAAUAUGUAAAGACGUUGCAUUUAAUAAAACCUCAGAUACACUAA